AUGCAGGACGAUUACUCCCAUAACCCUUCGAGCCGGACCCUGUCUGUGGCUGAUGGCACUGGCCCGUUGGGCCCCGUCGAUCUACCCCUCCGUGAAUUGAACGAAAACGCGAACCUUGAAGAAUACACCAGAGAAACGGCUUCUGGGCAAAUCCCCAAGCGUGUUACAACCAACGAUGGCAGAACAGAAGAUUACAAGCUUGUGACCUUCAAGGAGGACGACCCAGAGAACCCGAAGAACUGGUCGAAGUUGUUCAAGUGGUACAUCACAAUGGUUGUUGCGUUUACGUGCUUCGUUGUCGCUUUAGCCAGUAGUGUUGUCACGGCCGAUUUCCCAGGUGUGAUGGAGACAUUCAAUGUCUCUCGUGAGGUUACAUUCCUUACUGUCACUGUCUUCGUCAUUGGAUUUGGUGUUGGUCCCAUGGUAUUUGCUCCGAUGUCAGAAAUGGUGGGGCGCAGACUGGUCUACGGCGUCACGCUAUUUGUUGCAGUUGUCUUUGUUAUCCCUUGCGCAGUGGCCCAGAACAUUGGUACUCUCAUCGUCUGCAGAUUGAUCGAUGGUAUUGCCUUUAGUGCUCCAAUGACCUUGGUUGGUGGCACACUUGCCGAUCUCUGGAGGAACGAGGAAAGAGGUGUCCCCAUGGCCGCCUUCUCUGCAGCUCCGUUCCUUGGCCCUGCAAUUGGUCCGCUUGUUGGUGGCUUCUUGGGUGAUGCUGCCGGCUGGAGAUGGCUAUACUGGCUGCAGUUGAUCCUGUCUGGUGUCGCAUGGUUUCUGAUCACAGUUACUGUUCCCGAGACCUACGCCCCCACGAUUCUGAAGCGACGCGCAAAGAAACUGAGGAAGGCUGAGAACGACCCAAAGUACGUCACUGAGGGAGAGCUUAAUGCGCUGCCCAUAAACGAGAAGCUGCGUAUCGUCCUUCUCCGGCCGUUCCAGCUUCUUUUCUUGGAGCCCAUCGUCUUAUUCAUCUCCGUCUACAUGUCUGUUCUGUACGGACUGCUGUACAUGUUCUUUGUUGCCUAUCCGAUCGUCUACCAGGAAGGUAAAGGAUGGAAUGCCGGAUCCACUGGUCUGAUGUUUAUUCCUCUUGCCAUCGGAGUCGUUAUGAGUGCUAUGUGUGCGCCUUUCGUCAACAAGCAUUAUCUCAAGGUCUCCGAACAGUAUAACGGAAAGCCUCCUGCCGAAAAGCGGUUAAUCCCGAUGAUGCUGUCGUGUUGGUUCAUCCCAAUCGGUCUUUUCAUCUUUGCCUGGACCUCAUAUCCAAGGAUUCAUUGGUUUGGACCUGCCAUUGGAGGCUGGCCUGUCGGAUUCGGUUUCAUCUUCUUGUACAACUCGGCAAACAACUACCUUGUCGACACCUACCAGCACCAAGCAGCAUCUGCUCUUGCCGCAAAGACCUUCCUCCGUUCAAUGUGGGGUGCCAGUGUGGUUCUGUUCACCGAGCAGAUGUACAACCGCAUGGGCUACCAAUGGGCCAGUACAUUCCUUGCUUUUCUUGCGCUGGCUUGCUGUGCCAUUCCCUAUGUUUUCUACUUCAAGGGGGAGUCGAUUCGUCGGUAUUCCAAGUACGCCUUUGCCGACGAUGAGGAGCAGCAGGGCACCGAGAAGCAUUAA